CGGAGGUUUCACCUUCUCUUCAUGGUGCGAUUCGUCAUAAACAUGGUGGGUAAUUAAUAGACGUCGCGUACGUGUCGACGACAUUCCGUUGUCACUUUUUGUCCACAGGCAUCUGCAUCGUGGACCCGCCAUAAUUUCCUGUGGCGCGUGCCGAAAAUAGAAAACGUCCCUCUGAGGUCUCAUGCCACGCGGGGGGCGCGAUCAUGCAUUGUGGGUACAGAAUCUUGUGCAGUCUGCAGCGAACUCCUGACAGUGAAUAUUCGUCCCGAGGGAUCUCUUCCUGUCAUUUCCAUUCGAAUUUUCAUUUCCAAAUUUAUUGUGUCACCCGAUAGAGAAAUUCCUGAGAUCUCGUCACUUCCGGAAGUGCCAAUCCGAGUCUUUACCUUUGCUUCUGACUCACGUGCAGAGAAUUUAUGUAUAGCUGCGUUGCCGUGGCGCAAAGGAAUCUAUAGGCUACGAGACAGAACUGUGAACCAUGGGCGGGGGUGCAGCUGGACCGACGAUCAGGAUGGCGUCGACGGGAACUCACGGGGCCGGGGGUGUCGCUUGCUGCUUUUGUCGAUGCUGCACAUGCAUACACAUCGAAUUUUUAAAGACUUUACCGGGCAUGGUGAAAGUGGCCGAGGCGGUGAUCAGCAGCUUGAUCCAAUAUUUGUUGAUUAAUUAUGGUCUGAGGUACAGUGCGACAAUUGGCUCGGCAUACGAAAGUGCUUUGACGACUUGUUCUGCCUGCUUUCUAAACUCGGCAGUACUUCUGGCCUGUUACAUCGUGUCCGAAAAAUCGUACAGAUUAAUACGCUCGUCUCUCUUCGAGCUGAUGUUUAACGCCCUCGCAUCCUUUCUCUACUUGAGCUCAGCCUCAUACUUGGCAUUUGCUACCAAGAUGUUCCUCUGGGGACAAUAUCAACUGACUCCUGGAUUUGACGUCUAUCCAGCAAUGAACGCCGCCUACAUGCUUUGCGGGGUAGUCGGCGUCCUGCAUGGCGCGGAUGCCUACUAUUCGUAUAAACACUACACUGGCAGUUGGUAGCGAGGAACAACGGUAACCAAUUUUUCCAAUCACGCUGACGUGAAUCAUGUCUGAAUAUAAAUUAUUAAUACGUAAACGGUAAUCGAGCUCUCGCAUUAUAUCUAGUCACAACAAUGAGAUUCAUUUGAGCUUGACGAGUAAUCCGCACUCGUAAAUCAGGAAAUUAGCAUAUAAUGUACUAUAUAAAUAACUACGUCUUAAUCAUUCCUAAAGAAUAUAAUUUAUCAAGUUUAUUAUAAUCAUUGCGACAUCUGAUCCAUGCAGGAAGUCUGUAUACCAUUUAUUCUUUUCCUCGUUCGUCAGUAUAGGAUAUUCAUUUGCGACGUCGAUCUGGUAAUUUUCAUGGUCAACAACCAGGAUCAAUUCGCAUGAUUCCAACAUCGUUUCUCCUUGUAUUACUAAUUUAAAUGUAU